GACACCGUUAACGCUUUUGUUUUGCCGUCUCGCGGGACGAACCCAACCAAAGGCUGGCUCGAGCCUGUGUCUUACGCCAACGUCGCGACCUCGAAAGCCGCCAUGGAGGCUCGUUUCAACCCCAAGGUUCUGCUACACAGAUUAGAUGUUCAACAGUUAACAGAAGUUAAAGAAGAAGCUCCUGAUGACCACAAACCUUGUGUUGACCUGUAUGACCCAAAGCCCCACCACAUAAAAGAGGAACAGGAGGGAAUCUGCAUCAGUUUGUGGGGAGGGCAGUUCAGUGGCAAGGAGAAGAUCGAUGCCUUCAAGUUUCCAAUCACUGCUAUUGCCAUAAAGGCUGAAGACGAUGAACAUCCCCCUCUGCUCUCACAGUUUUAUCAAGACCAAAUUAAAUACAGAGCGUUUCCAGAAGAGAACGAUGAAUGGGAAUCCAUCAAGAUAGAAGAUCAUGGAGAUGGUUCCAACUCCUUAGAGCCUGAAGACAUUGAGAAGGAUGACGAUGACGAUGAUGUAAAGUACUCCGUCUCUGAGCUGACACACUUGUCAGACUCUGGACUGAAAACUACAAACAUGGGCAGUGAAUGGAAGGAGAGUAGAGCUCCCGAGUCAGAGGAAGACCUCGUCGACCGAGUUUUAAGCGUCUCUGAAAUUACUGAACAACUUUUUCGUUGUUACUCUUUCCAGAGGCAUAUGGCAGAUUCAGAAACAGGGCAUUUAAGCUCCUUGGAUGGCAGUGGAUUGAAAGAGAAGGAAAUUGUGGACUUAGAAGUCCAGACAGGAGAAAAGUUUCACUGUGAAGACUGUGGAAAGAUGUUUAGCCAUGAACGAACUUUAAACGCACACAUGAGAAUCCACAGGGAACCUAAACCUUACUGCUGCGUUCUCUGUGGAAAUGGAUUUAGCACAAAAUCAAGCCUAAACAGACACAUCAGAGUUCACACAGGACAGAAACCUUACUGCUGUGACCUCUGUGGCCGUAAAUUCUCUCAAAAGGGACACUUAGCGCAACAUGUGGUACUCCACACUGGACAGAAACCCUUCUGUUGUGAUGUCUGUGGACAAAGAUUUAGCCUGAAAACAUGUUUAACCCGACACAUGAGAGUCCACACCGGGGAGAAAUCUUACUGCUGCAGCAUCUGCGGAUAUAGGUCUUCUCAAAAAGGACAUUUAGCACAACACAUGGUCGUCCACACGGGAGAGAGACCUUUCCAUUGUAAUCUCUGUGGACAGAGAUUUACAGGGAAAUCAAGUUUAAAGAAACACACGAGAAUCCACACAGGUCAAAAACCUUUCUGUUGUUACCUCUGUGGACACAGGUUUACGCAAAAAUCCAACUUAAAUGCACACAUGAAAAUCCACGCUAAAAGGGAAGUUGCUUAGUUAUGAGUAAACAAACUGCAAAGCUGCAGUUGACUGUAAAAUAUUUGAUUAGUAGUUGGUUUUAGCGUUGCUCUUGUGAUCAUUUUUUGUAUAUUUCACAAAUGAAAGAAAUAUAACUUUGCUUCACAGCCCUAUCCUGACGCCUUGAUAUUGACCUGUGUCUCUUCAGCAUGUCGUCACAAUGCUCCCCCAUGAUUCCCUUUACAACUGAGAAGCUGUUUGUAAAAACUCAAACUGUUUUGAAUUUUGAGAAAAUUGUCCGAAUUUUUAGAAGAGAGUCGUAUUCUUUUCUUUUUCAGGAGCCCUAAUUCUUUUCCGUAGGUUACUGCCCCUCUUGUUUAUUUUAGUCCCACAGGCUCUUGAGGUGGUUGCAGGUACACAGGUACCUCUUGAAACCCCUUGAUCAAGAUUAGUUCAGAAAUUAGACCCUCAGUGUUGAAGUUUCACAAAUCACACGAUUGGUUUCAAAUAUUCUCCAAUUGAUAUAAUAUUAUAGUGUUUUAGUUUUUAAACUAGAGCAGGAUAAAGAUACUUAAGAUUGUGAAAAAUUUAUGUCUGCAUUUUUAAUUAUGUCAGGAUUGGUCUUCCAAAGUACUAUAGCUUAGCUUAUUAUUUGGUAGGGUUCUUUUUAUGACAAAAGAUGCAUUUAAAAGAUUGUAGCGUGUAGUGUCUCUUAAAUGACAGCAGAUGUCAGUAAUGGGUUGACUUCCGACAUCCAGGAAUUCACCAGGAAUUGAAAUCUGAACGUUAGAAGUCAAUUUUUAAACAUCUCUGCAUCACUUGUUUUGGUUAGGAUCAUCAGUGGUCAGCUUUAUUAUUUUAAAAAUACAAUCAGUCACUUAAAGUGAACUCAGCUUAGCACCUCAAAUACCGAGGCCAAGGCAUCAGUUCACACUAAACUUCUAUAUAUUUUUAUGUUGUGUUUUAGUUUUGCAUGUUGUAAAAAUACCUGUUGGAAAAACACUACUGCUUGACCUAUGAGUUGAAAUGAGUUGAACCAACCGAUGUGCUAAACAUCCUUUUAAUUCCACAUUUCUGUAUUUUUUAUUUUUUUAGCAAUCUGACUUAAUGUUCUAAUCUAAAUAUGUUGUAUUUUGAUUCGCUUUAAAUGGAAAAUCAUCAUAAUUAACUAAAAUAAAUGCUUAACAUCACUGUGUAAUGAA